AAGACCGCGGGUGGGGGCGGAAGGCGCUGGAAUCUGGGCCCGAGGCUGCGGAGGCUGCAGCUGCAGAGGCUGGGGGCUCAGCCAGGACUGCUCUGCAGUUACGCGGCGGGAGGUGGAGCUCAUGGCCGCUCUGGGUCGCCGCCUCCCUCGCCCGGCCCUGGCGUUGCUGCUGCUGCUGCUGCUGGCGGCCUGUGGCUUCCUGCUGCUACCAUCGCUGCCCGGCGCGACUGGAGGCGGCCAGCGGCUGGACUUGCGGGACCUCCUGGCACUGUCAGUGGCUGCAGCCGAAGCCGGGGGCCGGAGGGUGAGGGCUGUCCAUGAAGCCGGCUCGGAUUUGCAGCAGAGAAGCAAGGGCCAAACCCAGGAGGGCGCUGAGGAACUGCUCACCGCGGGGGACCUGCAGUCCCACCGCUGCAUGGCCAGCCUGUGGGCCAGUACCUUCCCCGGCAUUCGGGUAAUUUCUGAGGAGCAUGAUGAAGCUGCCUUGGACCUUUCAGAGCCUUGGGAUGGAAAUAUACCACUGGAAAUGCAGGAAAUGGUCCCAAGUGGCCAGACAGUGGCUAUGGAGAGUGUGACAGUCUGGAUUGAUCCUUUGGAUGCUACACAGGAGUACACGGAGGGUCUCCUGUCUUAUGUGACCACAAUGGUAUGUGUGGCAGUGGAUGGGAAGCCAGUCAUUGGAGUAAUCCACAAACCCUUUUCAGGGUUCACAGCUUGGGCACUGGUUGGACAUGGGGCCAAUGUGAGUGCCCGGGACUCAUAUGAUGAAAGGAGUCCCCGACUCAUUGUUUCCCGAUCCCAUGCUGGGACUGUCCGCACCUUUAGCCAGAAAGCUUUUGGGACCAAUGUGAACAUCAUCCCUGCUGGGGGAGCAGGGUAUAAGGUGCUAUCCCUCUUGAACCUCAACAAGGCUGACCAGCCAGAUCAAGCGGAUGCCUACCUCCACAUUACCUUUAUCAAGAAGUGGGACAUUUGUGCAGGGAAUGCUGUGCUCUCAGCCCUCGGAGGUCACAUGACCACCCUGGAUGGGAAAGACAUUGAUUACCUGGAUUCCCCAGGGAACAAGGAAGGGCUGAUCGCCAGUGUGGGUCUGGACCACCUGCAGCUGGUGAAGAAAGUCAGUGGUUUGGAGGAGGUGGUGAGAAAAGCAUAAUCAUGAGGAAUCCUGUAAUGCUGCUGUCUCCUUCCCAUUCCUCUGUCCCUUAGGACCCUCAGCCAGGGGCUGAGGACACAAGAGCAGAAUUAGGAAAAAAGUUCAGCUUCUCUUGAGGAGAAGGGUAACUUUUUUAAGAUUUUAUAAUAAAUUUUUUUUUUUUUAACCAUAAAC